CUGGUUAGUAGAAGGUGAGCAGAGAGCAGUGAGACUCUGGGAAAGACAGGGAGAAAAGCAGCAGAGAGCAGUGAGACUCUGGGAAAGACAGGGAGAAAAGCAACUGAGAAGGAAACCACAUGGUCCCCAACACACUGAAGCUCCUGGCACCUUGAUCCUCACUCCAGCCCUGACUCCACCUUCCUCCCUUUCUCCUAAGGGAUGGGAGUGGCUCUCUGUUCCUGGAAACCUGUCCAUGGUGGUUUUACAGGUUAUAACAAAGACAUUGAAGAACGGUGUGAGCAAGGUGGAGAGUCCAGGCAUGAUGAUCAGCUGCCUCCCAACCACAUCUGAGGCCAUGCAAGAAAAAUUUGACUUUGAAGGCCUUCGCACAUCUAAAUCAUGCCCCAGGGAGGAAGGCAGUGCUGUGGAGUGGUUACUUAACCUUGGUUGGGAGCUAAAAGCUUCGAAUCCCAGCUUCUCUUUCUAACCGGGGGAACUGGGGGCAAAUGGACUCUUCUAAGUCUCAGUUUCCACACCUCUAAAAUGGGGAUAGAAACGAGCCUCCUCCCUCAGGUUGUUGGAGGUGUUACGGGGGCAUGCCUUGCGUUGGGGUUUCAGUUACCACCUAUGUGCCAUCAGCUCCCAGAUCUGUCCUGCCACAGUCCUCUCUCUAAGCAUCAGACUGGAGACCCAUCAACCUGGUGGAUGUGUCCAAAGAUACAUCAAUUUCAGCAUGAACUAAGGCUUGCCCUGUGACUGCUUAACCAAUAAAACCUGUUGAAAGUGAUGCCAUACCAGUUCUGGGCCUAGCCUUUGAGAGAUUGGGCAACUCCUACUUCUUCUCUCUUGGAAGACUUGCUUUUGAGACACCAGUCUGUGAGAAACCUGAGCCAAAUGGAGAGGCUUUUUAAUGACUCUUCAGUGGGUUGUACAGACUUAUCGGAUGAAGAGUGCCUGAGAGACUGACAGUCUGCAUUCCCUAAGAUGGAGAAGACAGAUGCCAAAGACCAGUCCUCCUCUCAGGGGGAUGAAGAGAAAGGCCCUCCAAAGAGCCACCCCUACUCUGUGGAAACCCCGUAUGGCUUUCAUCUGGACCUGGACUUCCUCAAGUACGUGGAUGACAUUGAGAAGGGAAACACCAUCAGAAGGAUUCCUAUCCACAGAAGGGCCAAGCAGGCCAAGUUCAGCACCUUGCCUCGAAACUUCAGCCUCCCCGACAGCAGGGCUCGCCCCCAUGCUGCUCUUCCCCACCAAAACUGGUCCCCAGUGGUGCCGAAGAAGGUGUCGCUGGGGACAGAGGAGCGAGCCCAGUCGCUGCCCCCUGGUGAACACCCGCAAGCCUCCGCCAGCGGGAGUGAGGUGAGCUACCACAGGAAGGCCCUACUGGCAGAGACAGCCAGACAUUUGGAGGCUGGUGCGCCCAGGGAGGCCGAGCCAGCCCCCGGGAGUGGACGGCCCCAGCUCUUGAGAGCGUCCAGCAUGCCAGCCACACUGCUACAAAACAGGGCCUCAGAGGACUCAAGCCUAAACUCAGGUCCCCCCACACCUCCGGCCCUCCCUCCACUUCAGGGUGAAGGCAGUGUCUGUGAUGGCGCCUUUGGCCCUGCAGACGGAUUUGCAGGUUUUCAGAACUCCACCCCACGAGCAACAACGCAACCCAAAGUCAGAGAGUUUGGGGACGUGGUGCCAGGGAUUCCAGAGCUGGUCCAGGAGGGCACUGAGCCUCCUGAGGACGAAGAUGAAGAGGAGGCUCCCAAUCCCCUCUCUCUCCCAAGUCCUCCCGUCUUAUCCCAGGAUGCACUUGUUGUUCUGGAGGAUGAAGAAGACGAACACAAAACCAGAGAAGCAGAGGUGGUGGUCACCCCUGGCUCCCCAACACCCAGCCCCCCACCGCUGCCAUCACCCAUUCCUGAGAAUGAGUUCCCCCUAGAAGAAAUCGAGCUCAACAUCAGCGAGAUCCCACCCCCACCACCUGUGGAAAUAGAUGUGAGGAGCAUUGGCAUCCGGGUCACGGAGGAAAGCCUGGGCCUCCCCGCGGUGGAUCCCCAAAGCAUCUCCAGCCUGAAGCAACGGCUCUCUGCCCUCGAGGGUGAGCUGUCUGGAAGAACCGAGGAACUGGCCCAGGUCAGAGCUGCCCUCCAGCAGCAGGAGGAGGAAAUCAAGGCCAGAGGGCAGAGGAUUCAAGAGCUAGAACACACUGUAGCUCAAAUGGCAGAAAAGCUUAGCCACGAGAACACCAGAGACAUUCAGGGCCACGCUGACGCCAUGGUCAACACUGACCCCCUGCAUGGACUCUUGCCCAGGGAGUCCUGUGACAAGAGCAUUGAGGUCAACCUUGUGGGCAGCACAGGAUCUGAAAGCUGGAGGGCCAGAGGACAGGAGAAUGGCCUCUUCGGGGGGCAGGCCAGCCACAAGCGGGGGGAUCGGAGCCCCGCAGAAUUCGUGCCACCACCACAGCUGUCACUGCCACAAGGACCCGAGGUGGUCCUCGCCCCCUCUUUACCUAGCUGCCUCUCCACUGAGCUGAGGAUUGAAGAAGCAGGCCCUGAGCAGGAGGGAAGCCCUCAGGUAGGAGCCGAGGGUCUGGGCGGGGGAGCAGGGCACUCUUCAUGGAGCAGCGACAGAAAGACGCCCCCAGCAGCAGGGCGAGAGGAGACCAGCUCAGAGCUGCCGGGGAAGGAGCACCCGGGGAGGCCACCAAGCUCACCCACAGAUGCCACUCUCGGCCAAUACGUUAAGAAGAUCCAGGAACUCCUGCAGGAGCAGUGGAGCUGCCUGGAGCACGGGUACCCGGAGCUGGCCAGCGCCAUCAAGCAGCCCGCCUCCAAGCUCAGCAGCAUCCAGAGCCAGCUGCUGAGCUCCCUCAACCUGCUGCUGUCCGCCUACUCGGCCCAGGCUCCACCCCAGAGGGAGCCCCCGGCCCCCUCUGCCUCCCCGCCCAUGGAGAUCUCCCCGUCGACCAGCCUUAAAUCCAUAAUGAAAAAGAAAGACUAUGGCUUCCGUGCAGGAGGUAAUGGGACCAAAAAGAACCUUCAGUUUGUUGGGGUUAACGGUGGCUACGAGACCACCUCAAGUGAGGAGACCAGCGGUGAGGACAGCUCCCCGGAAGAUGUGUCAGACAGUGAGGCCGAGAAGAAAUGUGAUGGCCCAGAACAUAGGCGGGGCAAGGAGGCCCACCCUGCCUGCAAGGCUGGGCUGAGCAUCCCCGAGGGCGCCAGCACCACAGGCCAGGAAAGUGGGCCUGGGGAAGAAGUCCCCCAUCCCAAGGCUGAGAGAUAUAAACCCUCAGAAGAAUUCCUCAAUGCAUGCCGGGCAUUGAGCCAACAUCUGCCAGAAACUGGGGCCACCACCAACCAACUCUUGAGGCAGAGCUUGAACACCCUCCGUCAAGAGUGGUUCCGCGUCUCCAGCCGGAAGUCGUCGAGCCCUGCUGUGGUGGCUGCCUACCUCCGAGGGGUCCGGCCCCACUCCCCACACUUCCUGCAGCUGCUGGUGAACUUGGCUGAUGGCAAUGGGAACACGGCCCUUCACUAUAGCGUGUCCCACUCCAACUUCUCUGUGGUGAAGCUGCUGCUGGAGACAGGUGUCUGCAACGUGGACCAUCCGAACCGAGCUGGCUAUACUGCCGUGAUGAUCACUCCCUUGGCUUCUGCAGAGACCGACGAAGACAUGGCUGUUGUCUGGAAACUCUUAAGAGAAGGAAACGUGAACAUCCAAGCUACUCAGGGGGGCCAGACCGCGCUGAUGCUGGGAGUCAGCCACGACCGGGAGGACAUGGUCCAGGCGCUGCUGAGCUGCCAGGCAGAUGUGAACCUGCAGGACCACGAGGGAUCCUCAGCCCUCAUGCUGGCCUGUCACCAUGGCAACGCCGACAUGGUGCGCCUGCUCCUGGCACACCCCGCCUGCGACAGCACCCUGACUGACAAGAGCCCUACCCUUGUCUGGAGAGGCCAACUGCCAGGCAGCCAGGCUCAAAUCUGGCAUCACUGGAAGCAUGAACAGAUGAUGAUGAUUAAUGUCGCUGAAGACCCGUAAGCUUUCUGCCCCUGCUGCACCCGGGCUCUGCAUGGAACACAGAUUCUUCUGGUCCGAAGGACUCUGACAGAGGCGAGAGGGGCUCUGGGGCUUGAGGGGGUAGGACCACAUCCCCGUCCCUCUGGGUGAGACAGCAAGAUUCUUGCUCUUGAGUCUCACCUCUUGCAUCAAGUUCUUGCUGUGUUCAUUUCUUGACAGUUUGUUUGCAGAGUUCAUAAUUUUUCAAAGAGUGGAUCUGGGGGGAAUCCGAAUGUUCUUGAGAACAAUUUAAUUUUAUGUUGUAAUUCAGAGAGGAUGAGAAAAAAAAAAAAAAAGCCUAAUAUAAGCAUCUCCUAGGGUCUCUUCCUCAGUUAUCAGAGCUGCUUCUGUCUUGGCACACUGGGGGAAGGAAGGUUUCCUGGUUGGUUUGAAGAGAGAAAUGCCCCGUGAGAAUUAGGUCUCUCCCAAAGACAGGCAGAAAGUUCUAGGGAGUUCAUAAUCAUGCUGUGAACAACUAUUAAGUUCCAGAACAACAUUGUGGAUAUGGCUAUAUUAAUGUUUUUAAUUUCACUGGCUUUGCAGCUUUCUUUGUAAUUCAGAUGUAAGUCUGUUUCCAUUUCAUAGUUGCAGAAGUGUUAAGCGCAAGGAGUUUAAAUAAGCACAAAGCUUACAUAAGUAACUUUAUAACAGAAAAUUCUGUAACCAAAUUUUUUUCUUUAGAAGCCAAGUAAAUCUGUGAGGCCUUUGGCCUUCACGUAGGGGGUGGUGCUGCUGCUGGGACUUUGAACAACCUGCUGGUUUCAGGGCCCGAGCUGGAGCAGCCACCUGGCCUGCCUACCUGGCACAUCCAUGUCACCUUGACCAUGUGGGGACAUCUUUGCGUGCACCUCGACAGCAUACCCACCGACUGGGGCAUCUGGCCCACCAACUGGUGCAUCCCGGGACCACAGCAUCUAAGACCUUCUCCUCUGUGGCCUGUCCCUACACAGCUGAGGUGGUAGGCUGCCGAUAGUUCUCUCCAUUACAGGCUAUUGCAAGUGUUCCAGCUAAAUACAUUUUGGUUAGCAGUCCCUCUCUUCUACAAAAUAGGAAGACUCGAAAACUUUGCCUGAUUUGCAAGUCCAAAUUUUGUUUGGAUAGCAUGUUAGCAUGAACAAAAAGACAGCUGCUGAUCUCAUUAUUAACUGUAAAUGGGACCGGCCAGCUUUUACCAGAUGAACUGUACUCAGAAGAUUCAGACUUCUUAAGAAAUCAUUCACCCAUUGAAAAAAGACUGAAAAAAUUAAGGCAGGCAAGAAAUUUCAGAGAAGUGAUGAGCGAUCACUAUCUUUAUAGUACCCACAUGAAUGCUCAAAGUAUAGCAAGUUUAUUCUAAAAGCUCUGGAAAGAUAGUAAUGCUGCUUAUUUAGUAAUUUCUAUACCCAACAUGGGAUCAAAUUCAUGACCCUGAGGUCAAGAGUCACAUGCUCUUCUGACUGAGCCAGCCAGGAGCCCCACGAGUCUGCUUACUUAGAUAUUGGUCUAUUUAAAGUAGCUCUGAUGAAUACUGGGGUCAUCUAGACUUGCUUGAAACUUCAACUUUGGGGACGCCUGGGUGGCUCAGUCGGUUAAGCGUCUGUCUUCACCUCAGGUCAUGAUCCCAGGGUCCUGGGAUCAAGUCCCACAUCGGGCUCCUUGCUCAGCAGGGAGCCUGCUUCUCCCUCUGCCUGCCUCUCUCCCUGCUUGUGUUCUGUCUCUCUCUCUCUGACAAAUAAAUAAAUAAAUAAAUCUUAAAAAAAAAAAGAGAGAAAGAAACUUCAACUUGGUGCCUCUAAGUUACAGCACAGUCUUUCAUGUUUCAAAUGUAUCAUGGAGUACUCUUGCUUAUUCGACUCUUUAAACCUUACAGUAUGCAACAACUAUGAAGGACUAAUGAUCUUGGUACCAAACAAGAAAAAAAUUUCACAAGGGCUUCCACUUCUGAAUUGUCGUAUUAUCUCACAAGUUUAAAUAAGAUGAUCUACCGCCAUUGUUCUUCUAACUGCCCAGUAUAUUAGCAAUUCCCCUGUGUGGUUAGGAGGGUGAAUAAUUCCUUAGACUUUUUGCUAGAAUUAGGGUGUCGUCAUGACUAAGUGGUGAACUUAGUAGAUGGAGAUAAGCUUCAAGUGAUGAUGUCAUUAUUUUUUUGCUAUGUCUUAGCUUUGAUGAUUAAAAACCCAAUUCUGUGUAAAACCAAAAUGAGUGAGAAGAGAAACAGAGAAGGAAAAGUCAUGCAAUAUCUUAAUCAAUACUGGGAAACACUGGGGCGCCUGGGUGGCUCAGUUGGUUAAGCGACUGCCUUUGGCUCAGGUCAUGAUCCUGGAGUCCCGGGAUCGAGUCCCGCAUUGGGCUCCCUGCUCGGUGGGGAGUCUGCUUCCCCUUCUGCCCUCUUCCCUCUUGUGCUCUCUGUCUCUCUCAAAUAAAUAAAUAAAAUCUUUAAAAAAAAAAAAAAUACUGGGAAACACUGGGGUAGGAAAUCUAUUUACCAGUUCAAUGGCCCAAGGUUUUGUAUUUCCUUUGAAGAACUUAAGCUGACAAAAUCUGUGGCGUUGACACAUGGAGCAAAAUACUUUAGCUUGGGGUGGCAGGUGCAGCAAAUCUCUGGGGCUCCUCAAAAAACUCUCCUGAAUCUGGAAACCAUCAGCUUAAACUAAGAAGUUUGGCCCUUGCCUUCAAAAUGGAAACCUUAAAAGAAAGGACUGUAUCAAGAAUCCAGCCUGCAGAAUGACCGAACUCCAGCAAACGAGAAUGCUCCAUAGUGCAUCACUUUGAUGCAUUCUGUUGUUUCUAAUUCUGUGUUGGUGAACUUUCUGUCCUUUUUUUUUUUUUUAACCAUUUCACAUCAAAACAAAUUUCUUAAUUGAAACAUAACUGGAGGGGCGCCUGGGUGGCUCAGUCGUUAAGCGUCUGCCUUCGGCUCAGGUCAUGAUCUCAGGGUCCUGGGAUCGAGCCCCGCAUCGGGCUCCCUGCUCCGCGGGAAGCCUGCUUCUCCCUCUCCCCCUCCCCCUGCUUGUGUUCCCUCUCUCGCUGUGUCUCUCUGUCAAAUAAAUAAAUAAAAUCUUAAAAAAAAAAAAAAAGAAACAUAACUGGCAUGUAACAUUGUGUAUAAGUUUAAGGCUUAUAUCAGGUGUCUAUUACCUCUGACUAAAGGUAAAAAUAAUUUUUCUGUAUUUAAUUUGUAUCCUUUUUAUGGUGUCAUCUUCCCGUUGAGUUUUAACUAUUUCCUUCCUUAUCCUAAUACUUUCUCAUUUAAUUCAAUUUUGAAAAAAUUCACCACCAGGGUGCCUCGGUGGCCGAGUCAGUUGAAUGUCCAACUCUUGGUUUUGGCUUAGUUGUGGUCUCAGGGUCGUGGGGUCGAGCCCCAUGUAGGGCUCUGGGCUCAGCGUGGAGUCUGCUUAUCCCCGUUCCUUUCUCUGCUCGCAUGCACAAGCAUGCACUCACAAAUAAAUAAAAUCUUAAAAAAAAAAAGUUCACCACCAAAGUCUUUGAGCAUAGUUUUGAUCAUGACACUCCCCUAAAUAUAACCCUUCAAAAGCUCCCAGGUUGCAGUAAAUCAGAAUGGUUCACCCCAACUCUACAGCAAGAGUACAAAUGGAGGCCCACAUAUUCCUACCUGAACAUUUAUUUUUUUUAAAGAUUUGAUUUAUUUG